UAUUUCUAACUUGUCUCAUAGGGACAUAAUGACCAGUGAAAUAAUGAAGACAUAUUUACUAUUGUGUAUAGGCCUACCGAUUUACGUAGUCGAAAGGGAAAUUAAACGGACCAAACACAUGACUGCAUUCGGAAGCAAAGACUUUAGUUUGCGAUGGUGCACUUGUAUGGUAAGGUCACCAACGUUUAAACAUUGUAAUUUACUUCUAUACGAACAGACGUUUGCUUGAUAUGGGAAGUGGAAUGUUUUGUAUAUUGCUGGUAUUAGCCAUCUUCGGCUGUACAACAGGACGAGUAAUACGUUUAAAGGAUCGCUGCAGUGAGAAGGUUGACGUCAUUUUUCUGAUUCCAAGAACUGCUAACAAUGGUACAGCAGAAGAUUUCGAAGAGUUCUCGCCCCUAGAAGAGUUUGUCACCAAAGCAAUCAAUUAUUUAGAUAUCCGAGAGUCUGCUUACAAUGUCGGUCUUGUGAUGUACGGAAGAAUGAGUGUGGUGAUGACACAUCUUCGGCCGUACCGGAACCGGAAGUUGUUGAACACGGCAGUUUCCUUAAUGGCAAAUACAGGACGAUUCAAAAAAGAACUUACCGGUGAUGUCAACGUUACAAAUGCUCUAGACACCAUGACGGAAAUGUUUACUAAGAAACUACAGAGGCCAAACUUUGACCCAUUGCACAACGUCAAAAAGAUUGGUGUCUUGAUUUUAAGGAACGAAACUUUGAUAAAUGAUACGGAUGCCAUAAACAUGGCAGCGGAAAUGCAGCAAAAAGGAAUAACUGUUUAUGUUGUUAUCGAGGGGACAUCCGCUGCUGAAUUCGCACUAACCGUGGGGACGGAUAUUUGUAAGAUAUACAACGUCGACAACCUUGGGGCAGACCUAGACCGCGUAUUGCCUUAUUUGGGUAAUAGCAUUUGUGGAGUUACGGACAACGAGAUGGCCAAUUAUACGGCACCGGACAUGAUGGGUAACUGCAGAUCAGCAAUAUUCUAUGAGCCAACGAAAACCCAACAGAACAUCACUUGUGACGAGAUAUACAUCAACGAAUUGAAACCGGAUGCGGACAAUUGUGCCUAUUUUUUUCGUUGCAAUGGGAUUGUUCCGGAAAGGUUGCGUUGCUAUGCUGGUGACGUAUUUGACGGAUCGACGCAGACAUGUAACCAUAGAAACUCAGUUACAUGUUAUUCUCAGCUGAUUUGUCCUCAACCUACGGGUCUCUUCCCGUACCCCGGGGAAUGUCGCCGAUUCCUGAACUGUUAUGAGGGUAUGCCGUACGUGCAGAGCUGCCCAUUUGGACUAAUUUUUGAUCAGAACAAAAAACGAUGCUUACUUCCGAGAGAAACAACAUGCCAAUAUUAGAUUUUAUUUAUUGAAAUUGAUGCGUGUGUGUUAUGCUUAUUUAAUUUCCAUUUAAUUAAUCCGAGUGUGCUUACCGCGAUAUCACCAUCCCUACGUCACUUAUGCUGUAAUACGUAUCAAGAAUUCGACAGAAUCAAACUACCUGCGACAAUUACUGCACUUAGUAGUUACAUGAACGUAUUUAGUUAUGUGUAACUAAAAAGUGUAGUCUCAAACUAGGAAGUAAGGAAUAUAUUGAAUACAAAGAUAGCUUUUAUAGUCCAGUUUCGCGAAAAUAAAUCAAAUCCUCGCCUCACCUUAAGUAAUCGUACCCUUUCUAACAACCUCACCCUAUAUAGUAAACAGCGCGGCGCUUCCGGGUUAUUGGCAAGUCCGCACACACAAACUGAACAUCCACGGGCUUGUCAUUUACUUAAAACAAUCUGCGUGGGUGGUCAGACUAACGCCAACCUAGAAUUGAGAUUGAUAAUAACACUACCGUAUAUUUAACUACUGAUUGCCCAGUGUUAAACACCUGUAUCAGAGUAUACUACCUACUGUGCUGUGUGGGAAGCCACAGGUACUCGUCUGUUAAUACACUCAAAAUACAUAAUUAAUGUGAUUGUUUAGGCUGUUUAUGUAUACCCUGUAUACCUGUAUGAUAUUUUCUAAUUAAUCACAAUAGGCCUUCGGGGAAUGAAUCCUGGACCGGUGGGAUCAUUAACACAAACAUAACGAUAUUGACAGUUGGUUAUCUACGUAACUUAUCUGUUUUGUAUUCCAUGUCUAUAUGUGAUCGUUUGUAAGUUACUUGUGUUUUGGUGAAGGGGUAAAUUGCCUUAAAAAUUGACAACUUACUGGUCUGUACUGUCGUUAUUACUACAUGGACAUUGAUGUAUUUCUAGUAAUACGCUAUUAGUUUCUAGACCAAACUUGAUAUACAUUGGAUGUAUUGACAAACGAAGCGAGGAGCUGUGGGAAAUUCGAGCAUGAGAGAAUCACGUUUAGCUCCGUCAGUAGAGUAACAGACCGGCAAUCAGAGGGGUGGGGUUCGAUCCCCGGUGAAGGCUCACUGCUCGUUUACCUGCUAAACUUACAUUUGUUUAUGCUUUCCUCAUAUAACAGUGGCUGACCUUCCUCCUUAUACAUAUUUACUGCCGCAUUUAGUCAGCCUUAGAAGCAAUUCUAAGAUUUCAUAAAUACAAAAUCAUACACAUACAAUGAACCAUUUAAAUAUAACGUAAUAUAUAUACAAUGUAGUUUCUACAUUAAUCAUCUCAAAUGCAUAUAAACAUACGUAAUCCGAUUACUUAAAUAAAGUACUUGUUGUAUAUCUA